AUGGAGAACCUCCCCGUAGAGAUUCUGUCCAAGAUCAUUGAUCAUCUCACCCCGCUCGAGCAGGUGCAGCUUCAGUCAGUCUCGAAGCGAUUCUUUGCUCUGACACGAGACAACACUCGCUGGAGACUACAUUGUUAUGAGGAAUCAUGGGCCGCGUCCGAUGCCGCGCGGCGGAACCAGAGCACAACCUCGGAGAGCUUGUUGGCUCGGUCCACGGCGCCUCUGAGCUCGCUAGGUCAGACCUCACUGCUCUCGUUGAUUCAGCCUCAAAACGCACAAUCCAACGGCGGGACAUCGGGUGGUCAGAAUGGAGGGUUGGGUCCGUCGUUCGCUGAACGUGCGAGGGCGGCGGCUGCAUGGGACCCCUCGUAUGAGGGGGAAGACGUUGAUUGGUAUUCUGAAUACAUAGCACGUCAUGGGCCGAUGUCGUUUAACUGGUUACAGCAGCCUUUCGCGAGGAAGGCUCAAGGCCAGGGGAGGGAUUACCGUGAGGUCAAAGGAAUGGGGUUGCUCCGCGACUGGAGCUCGGCUAGACAGAACAAGGUGGUCGCCCCGCUGGACGACGGGAGCGUUUGCAUCUGGGAUCUGAACCAUUCUCAUUCGAUCGGAUCUCCUGCCACCAAAGGGAAAGUCCUCGGGGUGAGUGCGCCGGGGAUCCUGAUGGCAGACCUGUCGAAGAGACGAGAUAAGACGGCGCUGGAAUUUAUCAAUCUGGGUGAAUGUGUCAGUGUCGAUUCGAUACGUCGACGAACUUACAUGGCGGUUGGGAAUGUGUUGAACGAGGUUGACCUUGAAACACUUCAGGUGAUCUCGCAGCAGCGAUACCCUUGGUCCAUCUUCGCCUUGUCCCAGGAAACGGACUACUCGGUGCCCUUGACGGUGGCCACCACUUUGAGCAUCCAUAUCCAUGACUCUCGUUUAUCGGCGUCUGAAGAAGAGGAGGCUAUCAAUCUGCGUUGCGAGGAACCGAUCACUUCGCUGGUCGCGGAGUCGCAGGUCUAUGCACGCUCAGACUCUCCCCUGCUUCAACUCCAACCGAACGGUCGACCUCCGCACCGCAUACGAAGCCCAGAUCCGUCACAAAAGGGCGCCGAUUAUGCACCCCUGUUCCAGCCAGGUCCUUUGUCCCUUCUGCAUCCUCCAGCACCGCAUGUCAACACUAUUCUCCUUGCAGGCCGCUUCCCAAGCAUACUACAAUAUGAUAGGCGAUUCUUCCCCCGGUUGCAGAGCACGGUGCACUCUGGUGGCCGCCUAUGUGGCCUGGCGUCCAUCCCUGCUCCACAUUUCCCCGUGUUCUCCGGCACAACGUAUCCGCAAUCUCACAAGGUGGUAGCUUGCGGAGAGUACAAGGGACGAGGAUCGCUCGAGCUGUAUGAUCUCACGCCAUCGCCUUCCGAUAGCGAUAACGGUCCGUCUGGCCUUUCCUCCAAGCUGAAUCGCGUAUAUCAAAAUCGUCAAAGUGCCGCAAGGUCAAAGGUUCUCUCAGUCGAAUCGCACGGCACGCGCAUUGUUUACUCCGAUGCAGAGGGCAACAUCAAGUGGGUUGAACGAGACGGUCGAGUUGAUGUCCGCCGCUUUAACCUCAACACUUACCAACAACAUACAAGGCUCCAGAAAAAUUCGCAGCCACACACUGGGCUACCAGACGGGGUCAACCGGAACGAGGAGGAUGACGACGACGAACCCUCCGGCCUCUGGGGCAACGGCUCCCGAUCCCAAAUCGGGAACGAAGUCGCACGCAAGAUAUUACCCACCGGCGGGAAUUUGACGGGCGAUGAGCUCCUUGUCUGGACAGGAGAACGAAUUGGUCGAAUCAAACUCUCUGUCCCCGCUGAAAACGAGGUUGAGGAAGACGGCGAUGCAAUGUCUAUCGAUGGGGACCUUGAGGACUCUGCGCGAGAAGAAUUGCGAGAGCGAAGGCGGGAGCAUCGUCGACAGGAGCGUGAGUACUCGAGGAUGAUGCGGAAGGCCCUUGAGAGACAGGCCGAUGAGGUCCGGCGGAUGGGGGGAUUCGGAUUGUGA